AUGCGGGGAUUCGGCCUUCUCCAAGGGAGAGCUCCUUUCCAAACACCCUGCAUUGCGAAUCAUAGCUCUACUCUGGCGCAAUCUGAUAAAAUGGCGGUGCCACAGAUUACUCUUUAUGUUGACAUCGUCAGCCCUUUUGCGUACAUCGCAUUCCACGUAUUAAAGAACUCGCCCACGUUCGCAAAAUGCAAUGUCACUUACGUCCCGAUUUUUCUCGGAGGGUUGAUGCAUGCUUGUAACAAUACGCCGCCUAUCAAUAUCAAAAACAAGGAUAAAUGGAUGGGUAGAGAGCGCAUGCGAUGGGCGAAGUAUUUCAACGUCCCAAUGGCAGACAAGUUCCCUGAGAACUUCCCCCCGAAAACCCUCGCGAUUCAGCGCGCUCUGUGUGCCAUUUCGCAGAAGUUUCCUGAGAAGAUGCCGGCCGUUAUUGAAGCGGUUUACCGGUCCUUUUGGGUCGAUGAGAAUCCCCGGAUUGGAGAUGUUGAGGGAUUUGCCCCUGUGUUUGAAACGGUUCUUGGCCAAAAAGGGACACAGGAGGUGCUGUCAGCGAUGACCCAGGCAGAGGUCAAGGCUGCUUUAACUGCUAAUACGGACAAGUCGUUCAAAGAGGGCGCAUUUGGCCUUCCGUGGUUCCAGUGCACGGAUUCCGAGGGUAAAACUGAGGGAUUCUGGGGUAUUGAUCAUCUUGGAGUCGUCGCUGACUUUUUGGGAUUGGAUCGCAGUCGCGAGGCGGGAUUCAGGGCUCUUCUCUGA